CCGGCAGCCCCUCCCCGUGGAGGCCGGGCGCUGCCGCUGCCUGGAGCGGGCGCAACAUCUGGCCGCCGCUGAACGAGCCGCUCUCGGGACGGGACCAGCCGGCGGCGGCUGGGGUGAAGGAUGUUCUCCUCAGUGAAGCCCUACGAGAAUCAGGACUUCUCGGCCCUGAAGAAAGACUGCCAGCAGCAGAAGGUGCUCUUUGAAGACCCGCUCUUCCCCGCCACUGACGACUCCCUCUUCUACAAGUCACGCAUUCAAGGCGUCCAGUGGAAACGUCCGAAUGAGAUCUGUGACGACCCCUAUCUCUUUGUGGAUGGAAUCAGUUCCCAUGACUUGCACCAGGGCCAGGUUGGGAACUGCUGGUUCGUAGCAGCCUGCUCCUCUCUGGCCUCCCGGGAAUCUCUGUGGCAGAAGGUCAUCCCAGACUGGAAGGAACAGGAGUGGAAUGCCGAAAAACCAGAGAACUACGCCGGGAUUUUCCACUUCCAGUUCUGGCGAUUCGGUGACUGGGUGGACGUUGUGAUAGACGACCGCCUGCCCACGCUUCACAGCCAGCUCAUCUACUGCCACUCCAACUCCAAGAACGAGUUCUGGUGCGCGCUGGUGGAGAAGGCCUAUGCCAAGCUGGCCGGGUGUUACGAGGCGCUAGAUGGUGGCAACACGGCGGAUGCACUAGUAGAUUUUACUGGCGGUGUCUCCGAGCCCAUCGACCUGAUCGAAGGGAACUAUGUUAACGACGAAGCCAAACGAAAUCUCCUCUUUGAGCGAGUGCUGAAGGUCCACAACAGGGGAGGGCUCAUCAGCUGCUCCAUCAAAGCCACCACAGCAGCUGACAUGGAAGCCCGCCUGGAUUGUGGCCUUGUCAAAGGACACGCCUACGCUGUGACGGACGUGCGGAAAGUCCGCCUGGGCCACGGUCUGCUGGCCUUCUUCAAGUCGGAGAAGCUGGAUAUGAUCCGGAUGCGGAACCCCUGGGGGGAGAGGGAGUGGAAUGGCCCAUGGAGCGACACCUCUGAAGAGUGGCAGAAGGUGAGCAAGAGCGAGAGAGAGAAGCUAGGGAUGACGGUGGAAGACGACGGGGAGUUCUGGAUGACAUUUGAAGACUUCUGCAAAUAUUUCACCGACAUCAUCAAGUGCCGUCUCAUAAACACCUCCUACCUGAGCAUCCACAAGACAUGGGAGGAGGCGGUGAUGCGUGGGGCAUGGACGAGACAUGACGAGCCCCUCAAGAACCGCUCCGGAGGCUGUAUCAACCACAAAGCCACCUUCUUGCAGAACCCCCAGUAUGUGUUUGAUGUGAAAAAGGCAGAAGACGAAGUGCUAAUCAGCAUCCAGCAGAAACCAAAGAGGACCAGCCGCAGAGAGGGCAAAGGAGAGAACUUGGCCAUCGGGUUUGAGAUCCACAAGGUUGAACUGAACCGGAAUUACAGGAUGCACACCUUGCAGCAGCAAGUGGCAACCUCCAUCUACAUUAACUCCCGGAGCAUCUUCCUGAGGACAGACCUGAAGGAAGGCCGCUAUGUCAUCAUUCCAACUACCUUCGACCCAGGUCUCGUGGGAGAGUUUCUUCUCCGGGUUUUCACAGACGUGCCUGCAGAUUGCAGAGAGCUGACCUUGGACGAGCCUCCUCGCACCUGCUGGAGUGGAAUGUGUGGCUAUCCACAAGUGGUGUCCCAGGUCCAUGUCCUGGCAGCAGCUGGGCUGAAGAACCAGGAUUCCCAAGGAGGAGCAGACCCGUACGUGAUCAUAAAGUGCGAAGGGAACAAAAUUCGAUCUCCAGUGCAGAAAAACACCCUGGCUCCAGAGUUUGAUGUGAAAGGUCUCUUCUAUCGCAAGAAGGCAGGACAGCCCAUCAUUGUGCAGAUCUGGAACCAUAACAUUAUAAGUGACGAGUUCCUGGGCCAGGUGGCCCUAACUGGUGACCCCGAUGACCGUCUGUCACAGCAAACCCUUCAUCUCCAAGACAAGGGGAACAAAAAAUCCAGUGGCAUUUCAGGAAGCAUUGCUGUGAGACUGCUCAGCAGUAGCAAACUCACCAAUGUCUAGCUUCUCAAGGAGUCUUCUUCUGGAGCCAUAUAUGUGAAUAUAAAAUAUAUAUACCAUCUGCAAGAGUGUAUGACCUAUGCAUGCAUCACACUUAAAGGGGCCAGUCUUAUGUUUUCAACCUUAAACAAGGUGCCUUUUUGGGAACCAAAAUGAUUCUUUUCCUCACGAGGCAUCAUUUGUAGCCAAUACUAAAUGGUUUGUGCCAGUGUAAAAGCACUGGGCAUAUGGUACAUUCUGUGACAGCCGGAGUGGGAUGCCCUGAUGCUGUUUGUUUACAUGGAGAUGUCGCGCACCCCCAGAGAUGGGCAGAUUGGUCCCACCAAGCAAUAUGCCUCUUUGAUUUACCUGCUUGGUUUUAGACACCGUAUGGAAAUUCAUCAUCACUGAAGUCUCUUUUAAUCAUAUAUCUGUGGAGGCAUCUCAGAAAAGUGGAUAACAUGUGGUAUAAAUGUAUAUGGACGUUUGUAUGCAUAGUGAGCCCAGGUUUGUACACUGGUUGUAGAGCAGCUGGAAGGAGAAAAUGUCCACAGUCUUUCCAAAACAAUGAAUCCCAUCCUCCUUGGGCAGGCGGAGAUUAUGGCUGCACCACCCAGUGCCUGCUGUCUCACUUCCAGCUGGGUGUGGUCUACCUUGCCAAGUAUCAACGCCAGUCUUUCAUUGAUAAUUGGGAGAGGGGGAAAUGGAAAAGCCAAUCUGGCCCCUUUAACUAGUUCAGUAGUCCCCAAACUGUGGAGCAUGCCCCCCUAGGGGGCUGCUGAGGAACAUCGGGGGGGGGAGCACCAACCAGCCCCGCUCUGCCCCCAGCUCUGCUCCAGCCCCAGGUCCAACCGCCCAGACAGUCUAGUUUCUCGCAGUAACUGGCCUCUGCCACCGGGGGCAGGAAGAGCAGCAGGCGCUGCUGUUGGAGCCCAGAGGAGCACUGAGGGAUGGCUCCCUGCCCCCCCUCCUCCCCCACCUCUGGAGCACAGCUCCCCCUCCCCGUCCUGCCCCAGUCACCUCCCCCCACCUCCAGAGCACGGCUUCCCCUCCCACUCCUACCCUAGUCACCCCCCUACCUCCGGAGUGCAGUUGUCCCUUCCCCCUUAUGCCCCACUCACCUCCCCCCACCUCUGGAGUGUGGCUCCCCCUCCCCCGCCCAGCCCCUUCACCCCCCACCCCAUCUCUGGAGCGCAGCUCCCUCUCCCCUGUCCUGCCCCACUUACCUCCUGCCCCCCUCCGAUGGGGAGUGGGGGAGUGCAAGUGAAAAAGUUUGGGGACCACUGAACUAGCUCCUAGGGAAAGUUACACAAUACACAAACUAUCUUGUCUAUUUCUUACAGACAAGCAAGCCAUAAUGACAGGAAAGAUGAGUUUUUACAUCCUUUUUAAUUUCAUCAUAUUGUAUCAGGACCAAAAUGUCUUAAUAUUUGUAAUCCUUUUAGGUCAGUUUUUCUUUCUCUUAAGAAACAAAAUUAUAGAAGUAGGCUUUAUUCCCCCUCCACAGAAGAAUCUUUUCUUACAUCAUUUAUUUGGAUCUCUUUUAUUUUUAAAGCAGAUUUGGGGAGUGGAGUUAUUGACAUUCCAUUGUAAAUGUUGCUGUCUUUUCCACUUCAGUAAAAUGAAUAGAAGUUUUAAGUUAAAUUAGUUUGUUUGUUUUUUUGGGGACAGAUCAGCACUUUACAGUCAGCCUCAUUGGUCUAGGAGCUGUCUUUGAUUUAAUGCCUGCUAUUUCCAUCAAUCAUUUCAUUCCUCACAAAGAAUCCAAUAUUGUAUUUUAUUUACAUAAACUGUGUGGUGUGUAUGUAUUAAAAUGGGCUGGGGAAAUGUCUUUGUAUACCAAAAGCAUCCAAAUGUCAUGCUGUACCAGAUCAAAGAGCAGUCCAAACAUGCAGUUAAAAAAAAAUAAAAGCCAAAAUUGUACAGAUUGUACCUUCUAUAAAUAAAUUGCAUAUAUUUCAUUUGAACGCCCUCAGUUCCAAAUAUCGUGAUCUUCCAUAACCCUUUCACAAACCCAAGGGCUACUGUAUGGAUUGGGUUAUUCAGUUUUAGAUUCUUUUCAAUAAACUUCCAUUU